AUGGCCAGAAAAAAUCAUACUUUGCUGACUGAGUUCGUCCUGUUGGGGUUAGCAGACACACUGGAGCAACAGAUUACCCUCUUUAUGCUUUUUUUGGUGAUGUACACACUUACAGUCUUGGGGAAUGUUGGAAUGAUCCUCUUAAUCAGGAUGGAGGCCCGACUUCACACACCCAUGUACUUCUUCCUGGCUGUCCUAUCUUUUGCAGACGUUAGUUAUUCAUCCACCAUCACUCCAAAGAUGCUGGUAGACCUAUUAUCAGAAAGGAAAACCAUCUCCUUUGCCGGCUGCUUCCUGCAGAUGUACUUCUUUAUAGCCUUUGCCACAACGGAAUGCAUCCUUUUUGGGUUAAUGGCCUAUGACCGUUAUGUGGUCAUAUGCAACCCUCUGCUUUACUCCUUGAUCAUGUCCAGGACCGUCUGCCUAAAAAUGGCAGCAGGGGCUCUUACAGCAGGACUGUUGAACUCCAUGGUCCACACAGGUUAUAUAAGCAGUUUGCCAUUCUGCAGGUCCAAUGUCAUCCAUCACUUCUUCUGUGACAACCCUCCACUUUUUAAGCUCUCAUGUUCGGACACACACCUGUAUGAAGUCACAUUGUCCACUUUUGCUGGCAUGAAUAUGGUCGGGACUCUGCUGGUGAUCCUCACCUCCUACUCCUACAUUCUCUUCUCCAUCUUUCGUAUGCAUUCAGGGGAGGGGAGGCACAAAGCAUUCUCAACCUGUGCCUCCCACCUGACAGCUAUCAUUCUGUUUUAUUCCACCGCCAUCUAUACCUAUCUGAGACCUACUUCCAGCUACUCCCUGAAUCAGGACAAAGUGGCUUCCGUGUUCUACACAGUGGUGAUCCCCAUGCUGAACCCUCUGAUCUACAGCCUCAGGAAUAAGGAAGUAAAGAAGGCUCUAUGGAAUAUAAUUACUAGGAAAAGUGUCCCUUCAUUCCUAUGA